AUGCAAGGCUAUGUCAUUCGAACAGUUUCGACCUUUGAUGACUCAAUGUUGCGUCGAAAUGCGAAUAUUCAUGGAAUGGAAGAUCCUCCUGAAGAUGAAAUCUCUCCGAGGGGCGCAAUGGAAUUUCCUGAUGCCGAAGCUAGUAGGGCCCAGAAGAAGGAUACUGACAAGAAAAAUACGAGCAUGGUUUCAAAAUCGUCCACAGCCUCAUCACGAUCACUAAAGCGCAACUUGUCCGAUUCUCAAUUGGUGGCAAACACGAGCAAAUCGAGUAUGCAUUCUUGGAAGUGCAGCCUUUGCUUUCAUGAUAACUUGAACACGAUGCUUUCGGCAUGUGCCAUGUGCGGAACCAAUAUGGACGCCUCCUUUAUGGCGGCUCUUAAUGCGCUAGACAAUCUCAAGGAUCCUUCGGUGCACAAUGAUGAGGAAGACAUCAAUCGCAGCAGCGGAGGCAGUGACAAGAGUGAUGGAGAAAAGCUUUUUACAGCUUCCUUUACUGACCGUGAUAGUUCGUUUCGAACCGCAGGAGAUGAGGAUGCAACCUUUGUCUCGUUUCAGACCGCACAACAGUCUGUGGAUAUGAGAGCUGAUGUCAGCACGAUCAACCCCGAAACUGUCGGUACUAGCAUUCAAGGCGACGGCAGCAGCAUUAUGGAGGAUGAACAUGAAAAGGAAAACCGUUCGAACGAGAAUUCAAGUACCAAGAGUGACACUUCAGCCAAGGCCCGAUCAGACAUCUCCGUUCGAGAUACGAUGCUCAAGCUUUCACAGAGCCUGAUGGACAUUUCUGUUGGUUCAUCUGUCACAAUGCAAAACCAAACCUCUAUGGUACUGCAAGAUACGAGUAUGUCAGAGGGCAAUGGAAUGUCGACAAACGAUGCCCUUGUUUCAAACAAGACUACUACAAUCGACACAACAGAUGAUAGCAUUCAUACUCUUUUGAAUGUUACUCGUUCAGAAGUAGAUGAUGAAUUCGACCCAAUGUUGUUUCAACGGGAAGAGAUAGAGGACGCAGACUACCUUGGUGGUCGACAAGAUGAUAGUGAGGAACUCCUCGAAGAAGUAGAAUGUGGUUUCGAGAAAGCCGAAACACCUACAAUGGAAAACAUCGCUGGCCAUCCUUCUGCUUUUGAAAAAGAGAUUCAACUUGAUGAGUAUAUUCAACAGAGUCGAGACGGACAACAAAGGAAUGCUACCGACGAAUCAUUCGGCGUCUUUCCUCAUGUUACCAAGAUAGAAAAAGAGAUCCAGCUUGAUGAGUAUAUUCAACAGAGUCGAGACGAACAACAAAGGACUGCUACCGACCAAUCAUUUGACGUUUUCCCGUAUGUGGCCAAGGCAGAAAGAAAUGGGUCAAUCAAGGUUGGUGAAAACAAGAGUAGGAGUCAAGUUCAAACUGAAGUCGCCAUGGGCGACCAAGAAGGCAUCAUUCAAGAACGAGAAUCUUUUGUGGAUCAGAAUAUAUGGCGGAUUCGAAAAACUGUGGCAUUGACUGUUGCUGUCAUUGUUCUCGUUUCCAUCUUUGCCAUUGCCUGA